UUUGUGCCUUCCAUUCAGUUAACCUAACAGCUAGCACUAUGACUGUGCAACUACAACGACGACAAAUAAAUAAGAUCCUAAAUAGUUGCGAUUAUUCUGGAACAAGUCCAAAGACUGUGACACGGCAGCACUCUAACAACUAAAAAUAAGAAUAAAAAAGAUCUUCACCAAAAUCUCUCUCUACUAUCGGAUUUCAACAACAGAAUUAUAGCAUCUCUCUAUUUUUGCGGCAUUUAUAUUACAGGAUUCGUAAUUGAUGAAUAAUUGGAGUUAAUCACAAGAUUAAUUUGGAAGUUUCUGGAACGUCAUGGAAUAUGGUGAAGCUGAAAGAGUACUUGAGCCGCUUCGAGGAGAAUAUACAAGUGAAACAGUAUCCGACCCGAAUACGUUUCGCCCGCUUCGCUUUGAUGGGGCCGUCAUGGAUGGAAACUCCAAAGGCAAAGGUACUCAAAAUAAGGGCUCCACCAAAUCACAUUUGUACGAGAUUUGCGCGGUAAAUCAUUGGAAAGCACCUUUAUUUGAAUGUUGCAAUGUGGAAGGUCCUGAUCACCAGAAGUUGUUCACGUUCAAGGUAAUUGUAGAAACAAGAGGACCUCGUACAACAAUUAUAGAAUGUAUGGGCAAUCCACAUUCGAAAAAGAAAUCUGCAGCAGAGAAUGCAGCUGAAGGAGUAUUGUGGUUUCUAAAUCAACCGGGUUAUAGAUUGAAGAAGUACUGAAUUAACUUCCUUUUUUUGUUUUUUUUGAAUGGUUAGGGAAUUGUGAUUUCAUAAACAGAAAGCAAAAGAAAG